AUCACACCUCUCAUCAUCAUCAGUCAACCACAACCACACUGCACUUCAGACCUACUUCCUACGCAUUGCAUACAUCACACACGGCACAUACACACCCCCACUCGCUUCAUUCUCCUACCCACAACCUACCACUUCCCUAGUUACACCAACAACCCUUCACUCCCUUCCCGAAACCAAACAACAGAGCCCCACCGGUCAUGGCACCUCGGCCAACAAGUCCACACCUCGCCCACAGGCUCCGCACGCUGGCAUUGACCUCACCAAUACAGACAGCAGUGUUCUACGCGCGCCUAUAUGCUGCGCUCUUCCCACCAACAGAUGCAGAGCACGACAGCCUGCACGUCCUCAGCCUGUGCCUCCUCGCGGCGGGACAGCCGUACCCCGCGCUCCAUCUUGUCCGCGACCUAGCCGACACUGACGAGCCGCCACAAGAACAUGACGAGGAUAUGCUGCGCCCCGCAAAACGCCCUGGUUGCUAUGGUUGUGCAGUCAUCGUUGCCAAGUGCUGUAGCAAACUUGGCAGGUUCAGCGAGGGCGAGCAGGUGCUCGAGCGGGCUAUCCGGAGAAGCGUCCCCAUGACCCUUCCAACCCCCACACCAUCCGAGACGGCUGCCACUGCAUCCCUCCUCCUCGCGAGCCUCUCCCACAAGGGCAAGGCCCCCGCCCUUGCUGUAGAGCAGUACACACGCGCGCUGGCCGAGGACCCGUGGCUAUGGGAGGCCUUUACCGGACUGUGCGACAUUGGUGCGGCGCCAACACGAGACCUUGUUUUCCCCGACCCUCCAAGUGUAGCCCGGUCCUCAUCACAGCGCACGUCCCGUCUACCAACACUGUCACCCAACCCAAUGCCGCGAAGCUCGGCAUCAGAAGUGCCCAACUUUUUGAGCCGCCGGCAGAUGAGCCCACUGGCAUUGUCAGCCGCACCAUCGACAUCGUUGUUUACUCCAGAGGUGACGACGGCGACUGCCGCGGCCGCACCUCGGCUGGGCAUGAUGGGCAACCCCGGUGCUGCGUGGGACACUUCGCUAUCAAUGAUUGCCGACACGACGUUCCCCACGAUUGCCGACGCGCAGAGCGGACCAAGUAUCGCGACAAGACGACCGCUGCCAAACCUCAUUUCAUCAUUCAUUCCCUCUGCAUCGUCCAUGAUCCCGGCAGCGCUGCGAUCGACACCCAACCCUCCGGGAGAAUUACCAUCCAAACCACCGGCCAUGAAGAGACCGCGCGGAGACAGAGUCGUUCGCAAGCCAGCAGAGACGCCGGUCGGUGGGCCAAUGACCACCGAGUCGCGGCUCAACGGCCGCGAUCUCAAGAUGAUGGAGACAAACGGGGGCGACAAGAUUCUCGAGCCGCCGGUCCGUCGCAGCUCUCGCCUCAACUCUACCUCCAAGAGCACAAGGAUUGCACGCGAGAAGCGUUCGGCUCGAUCACAGUCCGUGGCAUCGUCGGGGUCGGGACACACCGAAGUAACAUCGCCUACUACCGAGGCCCAGAUCCAUGCAGCAGUCGACGACUGGCUUCGGGAUAUUGUUCGCCGAUGCGGACGUGCAUACCGAGCGCUGGGGCUGUACCAGUGUCACGAGGCGCUGAGUGAACUCGACGGACUGCCCCUCGAGCUGCAGCACUCGCCAUGGGCUCUCGACAUUGCCGCACGGUGCAUGUACGAGCUGUCGGACUACACCAAGGCACAACGCGCAUUCAAGUCGCUGAUUGAGGCCGAUCCCUACCGCCUCGAGUCGAUGGAGCUCUACUCGACGCUACUCUGGCACAUGAACGACCAAGCAGCGCUGUCACACCUGUCGCAGGUGCUCGUGUCCAUUGACCGGGAAGCACCACAGCCGUGGAUCGCAGCCGGCAACUGUUUCUCGUUACAGCGGGACCACGACGAGGCAAUGCGGUGCUUCCGACGUGCGACACAACUGGAUCCCGGGUGCGCGUAUGCGUGGACCCUGUGCGGGUUUGAGGCGGCAGAGAUGGAAGAGUACGACCGAGCCAUUGCGUUCUACCGUACUGCUAUCAGAGCCGAUGCCCGCCACUACAACGCAUGGUACCACAUGGGGUCCGUGUACCUCAAGAUGGGCAAGAUCCGACACGCCGAGCACCAUCUGCGCCGCGCAGCCGAGAUCAACCCGUCCAGCCCGGUCUUGCUUCUUUGCAUCGGAGAGGUGCUCGAGCAAAGCGACAACCUGCCAGGCGCAUUGGCCAUCUACGAGCAGGCGACGAGGCUCAAGGUGGAGUCAACCAUGGCCAUGGUCGAGUACAAGCGGAUUCGUGUGCUGGUUGCACUUGGUCGCAUUGCAGAGGCCAUUGCUGCGCUGCAGCCCCUGGCUCGAGUGGCACCCGACGAAGCCAACAUUCAGUUCCUACUCGGCAAGUGCUACCUCCGCACCGGACGCAACGCCGAAGCAAUGGUGGCGUUCACGUCGGCCCGGGAACUGCAACCCAAGUUGGACGGUGCGAUCAAGGUGGUCAUUGCUGCGCGGGGCGAGGACGUCGCCGACGGCGAUGACGAGGGGAUGUGAUGUUGAUGGCAGGGUUGAGGGUUG